AUGGGUGUUCCAGCUCUUUUCAAAUGGCUUUCCAAAAAAUAUCCAAAAAUCAUCGAAAAGGUUAUUGAGGAAAUCCCAGUUGAGAUUAAUGGAGUUGAACUUCCAGUGGAUAUUUCUAAGCCCAACCCAAAUAAAGUAGAAUAUGACAAUCUUUACUUAGACAUGAAUGGCAUUAUACAUCCUUGCUGCAAUCCUGAUGACAAGAAUGCUCCCGCCACUGAACAAGACAUGAUGGUUGAAAUAUUCAAAUACAUUGAAAGAAUUAUUUCAAUCGUGCGUCCCAGAAAGAUAUUAUAUCUAGCCAUUGACGGUGUGGCUCCUCGUGCAAAGAUGAACCAACAGAGGUCUCGUCGUUUUCGGAAGGCACGUGAUGACAGAUGCAAAUUAGAAGAAAAAUCCAAAGAAAUUGAUAAGCGAGAAGCAUCCGGCGUUUCGAUCGAUGAAGAACUUCAAAAGAAGGGAUUUGACACGAAUUGCAUAACCCCAGGUACCCCAUUUAUGGCGUACCUAGCCAAAUGCUUGCGAUAUUGGAUUGCGGAUAAACUAAAUUCAGACCCCGGUUGGAAAAAUUUGAAAGUGAUUCUUUCUGACGCAAGCGUUCCCGGUGAGGGAGAACACAAAGUAAUGGAUUUUAUUCGAGCGCAACGUGCUAGUCCCCAUCACGAUCCUAAUACGCGACACGUAUUAUAUGGAUUGGAUGCAGAUCUUAUUAUGCUUUCUCUUGGGACUCAUGAACCUCAUUUCAAGGUCUUGCGUGAAGAUGUUUUCUUUCAAGAAGCAUUUCGCGCAUGCUUAAUUUGUGGGCAAAUAGGUCACCAAGCGUCACAGUGCCAAGGUCAUUACGCAAAGAGUCAAUCUUCAUCGUCAAACGAAAAACCUAGCAAAAAACCUUAUGUGUUUUUGAACGUGGAAACUCUUCGUGAGUACCUAGAAAUUGAGCUUAAGACAAAUUCUCAGCCCUGGCCUUUUAAUAUUGAGGGCGCUAUUGAUGAUUGGAUAUUCCUUUGUUUCUUCGUCGGCAAUGAUUUUCUACCACAUCUACCAUCUUUGGAGAUAAGAGAAGGUGCAAUUGACACGUUGAUUUCUAUAUGGAAACGUUGUUUACCUUUAAUGGGAGGGUAUAUGACAAAUAGUGGAAAUGUAGAGCUAAAGAGAGUACAAUAUCUAGUCACAGAACUUGGUAAAAUGGAGGACGAUAUAUUUAUUCGUAGGCAUAACAAUGAUCAGAGGCGCUCAACACAGCAGCAUGCAUCUAAACGACGGAAAAUAAAAAGUGAUACACAAAAUGAUGUCUUAACUAACUCUUCGGUGCUUCCUCAUUUACCCAUCGGAAUGCCACUUCUUCCUGUUAAGGGUGUCGAUUCAGAACUUCGUUCGAAAUCAAACCAAGAAGUUGUUGAAAAUAGACAAACUUUGCGUAUGGCUAAUCUAAGCGCUGCUCGAAAGUUAAAGGCUGAAAUGGAUAGUUCUACAAGUUCAAAUUCCGCAAUAGUACAUGAUUUAGCAUCCACUGAAACCACAAUCGUGUCUUCCGAAUCAUACCAAGAGUCAACUAUCACUUCCAAGGAGAUACAUGAUGAGGAAUUGAGUUCGCUUAAUUCAGAAAAUAGAAAAAGAAAGUCUGAACAUAUAGAUGGUUCUCAAGUAUCUUCUGAAGUUGAAGGUAAAGGCGAAGAAGCAGAAGAAUUACCUACUUCGAAUCAGCCCGAUACAACUGAAGAUGCCGAUGUUGAUGAUCCCAUCAGGUUAUGGGAGCCCGGUUUCAAAGAAAGAUAUUAUAAGGACAAGUUUGAUAUCGACCUACCCAAUGAAAGAUUUUGUGCAGAUUUAGUUAAGAGUUACAUUGAAGGACUCUGUUGGGUGUUGCAAUACUAUUUUCAGGGUGUUCCAUCAUGGAAAUGGUACUACCCUUACCAUUACUCACCUUUCUCCUCAGAUUUCGUCAACAUUGGAGAUAUUCAAAUUUCUUUUGAAUUAGGUGAACCGUUCAAGCCUUUUGAACAAUUGAUGGGCGUAUUGCCCGCCGACAGCAAGGAUCAUCUUCCAGAACCUUGCGGGAAAUUAAUGACUGAUGAAGACAGCGAAAUAAUUGAUUUUUAUCCCACCGAUUUCAGAAUUGAUUUAAACGGGAAGAAAUAUGAAUGGCAAGGUGUUGCGUUACUUCCGUUUAUUGAAGAAUUACGAUUAUUAAAAGCAAUAAGCACCGUUUACCCACUACUUUCUCCCGAGGAAAUUUUCCGAAACACUUUAGGUGCUGAGAUCCUUUGUUUCAGUAACAAACAUAAAUUGUAUGAUGAACUAUGCGCCUUGUAUUCAAAAAGGAAAAACGAUGAGCCUAUCCCCUUGAAUCCAACAAUCAGUGACAAGCUAAUAGGGUUUGUCUCGCGCGAUCCCAACUGUAUACCGGAAAGCACUUUCUAUUCUCCACUACCGGAAAAAAACCUAUUAGACAUUGUUAAUGAUAGAUCAUUGAGUGUCCAAUAUUAUCUUCCAAAAAAAACAAGCAGCAAUAUGCACAAAUCUAUUCUCUUAAAAAACGUUAAAUUGGAUCCGCCAAUACUAGGGCAAGAAGAUUAUGAAUUAAUCAAAUAUGGCCGCGGCCGAGGAAGAGGCAGAGGCUACAAUAAUGGUCCUCCGAGAAAUCAUUCUAAUUACAACAGUCGCGACUUGCCCGGUUAUCAAUACACGUAUUAUUCCAACAAUUAUUAUGAAAAUAGGGAUGCGUCCCGGCACAACCAUUACGGGAAAGGAGGUUAUCCAUACAAUAUGAAUGCCCGUGGAAAUUCUCGUGGAUUCGGUCGAGGUAAUAGCAGUAACUAUCACGCAUACAGUGGUUAUUCCCAAAACAACCACGGUGAUCGAUAUGAAUCUCAGAAUAGACACAAUAGAGACAACGAACGAUAA